UACAACCCUCAAGUAUUGCCCAAAAUGUACAGUUAGUAAUUCUGAUGUACAUUAAUAUUAUCUUGACAUUAACAGGUUCUAUAAAUAGGUUUAAAAUGACACCGCAAUAAUGAUUUUGAGUUACUUCAUUCGACUUUUACAAACAUAAAUAAAUACGAUUACAUUUAAAAACAAAUCACACUGUAUAUUAAGAUCACAAUCCUGUGUAGUCUGCCUUGAGCAUUUGGGAAUGAGGCCAAUCGCAAACUAAAAAAAAGAAAGAAAAAAGAAAAGAAAAAUAGGACACUACGACAGCCCAUGUAGAGCAUGUUUCAUAUAGUGGGAUGUCCAUAAAUCCAGGUGAUGCAGCCAUAAUAAGCUGUGUCCCACUUCAACUCUUCUUGGACCUUUUAUUUUCUAACGCUGGACACCAUCGCACAUACAGUGCGCUACACCUCUCUGCACCACUGGCACUGCCCCAUUCUCUCUCGGGACUUUCAAUUCAAACAAACCAAACAGGACGCAAAUUUUGUCUUGCUCUCAUCAAAAUAUGUACUGCCUGAACUCUAAGAGUUUAGAGGAGCGCUGCCAGCGGAUCCUGCAGGGUAUGGAGGGGUCUUUGACAGCUCGGGAUCGGGUGGGCAUUCAGGACUUUGUUCUCCUGGACGCCUACACCAGUGAGACAGCAUUUAUGGACAACCUCAGAAAACGUUUUAAUGAGAACCUCAUAUAUACCUACAUUGGGACCCUCUUGGUGUCAGUUAAUCCAUAUAAGGAGUUGAGUAUCUAUACCAAGAAACAAAUGGACAUUUAUAUGGGGGUCAACUUUUUUGAGCUGCCUCCUCAUAUCUUUGCACUUGCUGACAAUGUUUACCGGACAAUGAUUAGUGAAACCAACAACCACUUCAUCCUCAUUUCUGGUGAAAGUGGCGCAGGCAAGACGGAGGCCUCUAAGAAAGUCCUGCAGUUUUAUGCAGUGUGCUGUCCCAGCACUAGACUCUUGGACAAUGUGAGAGAUCGGCUACUUCUUUCCAAUCCGGUGCUGGAGGCUUUUGGAAAUGCCAAAACCCUGAAAAAUGACAACUCGAGUCGAUUUGGAAAGUACAUGGACAUACAGUUUGACCAUCAGGGUGCAGCAGUUGGUGGCCACAUCUUAAGCUACUUACUGGAGAAGUCAAGGGUGGUCCACCAAAAUCAUGGAGAAAGGAACUUCCACAUCUUCUAUCAGUUAGUUGAGGGAGGGGAGGAUGAGCUUCUCCGCUGGCUUGGCCUGGAGCGAAACUGUCAGAAAUACCGCUAUCUUAUUCAGGGAGAAUGUGCCAAAGUGAGCUCCAUCAAUGACAAGAGUGACUGGAAAACCGUACAGAAAGCUCUUACUAUCAUUGAGUUUAGUGAAAAGGAUAUAGAGCAUCUGUUUGCAAUUAUUGCCAGUGUCCUUCAUCUCGGCAAUGUUCAUUUUGAGGCCAGUGCCCAUGGUUAUGCCACAUUAAACAGCAGUGCAGAAGUACACUGGCUGUCAAAGUUAUUGGGCAUCCCCUCAAACAUGUUACAGGAGGGUUUAACUCACAGAAAGAUUGAAGCCAAAGGAGAAGAGGUUCUAAGCCCUUUCACCGCGGAUCAUGCAAAGUAUGCCAGAGAUGCACUAGCCAAAGCCAUCUAUGGACGCACAUUCUCAUGGCUUGUUAAUAAGAUCAAUGAAUCGUUGGCAAAUAAGGAUUCAACCAGAAAGACGGUGAUUGGACUGCUUGACAUCUAUGGAUUUGAAGUGUUUGACGUGAACAGUUUUGAACAGUUCUGCAUAAACUUCUGCAAUGAAAAGCUUCAGCAGCUUUUCAUCCAGCUCACCCUCAAAUCAGAGCAGGAGGAGUAUGAGAUGGAGGGAAUCGAGUGGGAGCCAGUGCCAUACUUUAACAACAAGAUCAUCUGUGACCUGGUGGAAGAGAAACAUAGAGGCAUCAUAUCAAUACUGGAUGAGGAAUGUUUGCGUCCUGGAGAAGCCACAGAUUUUACAUUCCUGGAGAAGCUAGAGAAGAAGAUGUGCGGUCACCCUCAUUUUGUCACGCACAAAUUGGCUGACCAGAAAACACGCAAGACGCUUGAACGAGGGGAUUUUCGACUUCUACACUAUGCCGGAGAAGUUACAUACUCAGUUGUUGGAUUUCUUGACAAAAAUAAUGAUCUUCUGUACAGAAACAUUAAAGAGGUCAUGCGACAGUCUAAGAACAGUAUUAUACAGCAUUGCUUCCAUACCAUUGAACCUGACGGCAAGAAAAGACCUGAGACGGUAGCCACCCAGUUUAAGAGCAGCCUUGCAGGCCUCACUGAGAUCCUCAUGACAAAGGAUCCAUGGUAUGUGCGGUGUCUGAAACCCAACCACAGUAAGCAGCCAGACCGCUUUGAUGAUGUCAUGGUGAGACAUCAAGUCAAGUACCUGGGGUUAAUGGAGCACCUGAGAGUCAGGCGUGCUGGAUUUGCUUAUAGGAGAAGAUACGAGGUCUUCCUGAAAAGAUAUAAGGCUCUAUGUCCUGACACAUGGCCACACUGGAAGGGGACACCAGCAGAGGGAGUUCAGCGACUCAUCAAACACCUUGGCUACAAACCAGACGAGUACAAGAUGGGAAGGACAAAAAUCUUCAUUCGCCAUCCCAGGACUCUUUUUGCCACUGAAGAUGCGUUUGAGAUCUGCAAGCAUGAAUUAGCGACAAGAAUCCAGGCCAAAUACAAAGGCUAUAGGGUGAAAGGAGAAUACCAAAGGCAGAGGGAAGCAGCUACCAAGAUUGAGACAUGUUGGCGGGGCCUUCAGGCCAGAAAAGAAAGGGAAAGGAGAGCCUGGGCUGUCAAAGUCAUCAAGAAGUUUAUUAAGGGCUUCAUGAACAGGAAUCAACCUGUCAGCAUGGACAACUCUGAGUAUCUGGCCUUUGUCAGACAGAGCUACCUCACUCGACUCAAAGACAAUCUGCCAAAAUCAGUAUUGGACAAAACCAGCUGGCUAACUCCUCCACCCAUAAUGCAAGAGGCCUCAGUGCUCUUGCGUAAGUUGCACACACGUCUCCUCGUACGGAAGUAUGUUCGAGGGAUCAAUGCACAGAAGAAGGUGCAGCUGCAAAUUAAAGCACUGACCAGUGACAUCUUCAAAGGCAGAAAAGAGAACUACCCUCAGAGCGUAUGCCAACCCUUCGCUGACACUAGGAUAAGUGAAAAAGACAUAAACUUCAAAGUCUUGCAGCUGAUUUGUCCUGAGGGCAUUAAGUACAGUGUUCCAGUGAUUAAGUAUGACAGGAAUGGCUUUCAGCCACGUUUCAGACAACUGAUCUUCACUCAGGCCGCUGCGUAUCUGGUGGAAGAGGCCAAAAUCAAACAGAGGGUGAAUUACAGUUCACUAAAAGGGGUGUCUGUCAGCGAUUUAAGUGACAACUUCCUGAUUCUCCAUGUCACCUGUGAUGACACAAAGCAAAAAGGGGACCUGGUCUUGCAGUGCAGCUAUCUAUUUGAGACAUUGACAAAAAUCUGCAUAGUGACAAAAAACCACAAGCUCAUCAAAAUUGUUCAAGGGAGUGUGAGGUUUGACAUCCAGCCUGGCAAAGAGGGCUUUGUUGAUUUUAAGAGCAGCAGUGAAUCAAUGGUCUACAGAGCCAAAAAUGGACACUUGAUGGUGGAAUCUGCACGGACAAAAUCUCGAUGAUGAAAUUUCAACUCACAAACCUUCUCCACAAUGGCCCGAUUAAUGCAUUUCAGUUGAGUUUAUUAUAUGCUUUAACUUGCCCUAAAAUAACCUAUACAAUGGUGUUUUCCAACGGCACCAAGACAUGAAAGUAGUUUUUAAGAUUACGGAGACAAAUUUUUUAUUUUCGGGGAACUCCAGGACCAGGGUUGGGAAAUACUGCUCUAUGUUGUUAAUGUGUGUAUUCAAAGGACAAAUCAUGAAAUAUCACUAUCAUUUAUUUAGAAAGAGUAAAGGAAAACAAACAAAACUGGUGUAUUAAAAUAGUUUGAAUUUGAUUUGUUUUGUUUAUAUAAUAUUACAUUUAAAUUCUCUUAUUUUAGUCAUUUAAUAUUUUCAUUAUAAAUAUCGUGUCAUGAUCAGUGUCAUGAAAAUGAGCGUUGAAUUGUGUACUAUUUUUUUUGUUGUUGUUAUAUUUAACAAAAGAAGUACUUGUUAAUCCAUGAAAAUCUUAAAAUGUAACUGUUUAGCAAAAACUUAUGCAUAUGCAUCUGUUACUCUGUCAAACAAAUGUAAAUGUUGUUGGUGCAUUUUAUUAUGUUUCCAAUACUGCCAAAACCUUACAACAUACUGCAUGCCAUCUUUUGCUUUGCACUGACAAACAUAACUAAAAUGGUGAUAUGCCGAGAACACAUGAGCUGCUGGCCUAAUCGGAGCCCUAAGCGGAAAUGUAUUGUUGUGCCCCUUCCUCAAAAUAUUACAGAAUUCAUUAAAAGAAGAAGAAGAAAAAUACUAUAGGGGUCAAAAUAUAACUUUAGUUAAACAUAAAGUUAAUAAAUUUUAAUUAAAUUGUAUUAUUUACAAAUUACAAUUGUAGCUCUACAGCACAAAAAAAAAUCUAAAUAACUAAAAUUACACGCAUUAAACAAAUAUUUGAAAAGAUUACAUAUUAUCCAAACAAACAAUAAUAAAUUGAAUCAAAAAUCAACAGCAGCAGCUAUUUGCAAAUAUAAGUGUAAAUAGUAUAUAGAGGCUAUAUAUACACUAAGGGCAAAUAGCAAUGGAUUACUAUUUAUACUAUGAUAAAAAGCAGGAUUUUCUGCUAUUUAUACUACUUAUUUCAAAUCAUGGCAAGUAACUGCACCUCAAUAUUGUAGUAAAUUAUAAAACAGUAUGCAAUAAUAACAUAUUGAGUGUAAAAUGUAUAGCAACUGCGAUGGCGUCCCCCUUGGAGUUGGUGCCCUACGCAAACUGCAUACUCUGCAUAGAGGGAGCAGAGGUACUGCACAUGAGCAAAACAGUGUUUGAAUGUAGACAGACACAACAUUCGUGUGUACUUUCAAACGUAAAAUACCAUGUGAUGUAAGACACAGAAAUGGUCAUACAUUGAAAAUCUGUAUAUGGCUUUAAUCAUCAUCAUCAUCAUUUCUCCACAUUCAAUUUUGGCCCUAUAUAAAAUGUGUGUAGCUGCUGUGGUGUUACAAUACAGCAAACAUGGCAUCUGUAUAAUGUUCAACUUCAUGUAAUCAAGAUAAUAAUUAUGUAGC